UAUACACGAUGAUUCAUCAUAUAAACAUUGUUUACCUUUAUUUGCACAUACCUAUUUAAACAGCCGCGUAUAUUUAUAAAUUUGAAAUGCGAUGUGAAGUAAAAAAACUCUUUUUGCAAGCUUGUAUGAACCACGGCAGCUUAAGCGUGGAACAAGUUAGUGAAAUACUUGAGCCAAUUUCUCAAUCAUAUGAUGAUACUGCUACAUUGGGCGAUGUGAAAAACUUGGUAAGGGAAAUAAACAGCGAUUUAAAAGAAUGUAAUCAAGAAUUAAAAUUCGUAACACAUCCACUGCUUGGAAAGGAAUAUUUGGUAUUUGGCCUAACGUUCGAAACACCCGCGAGUAAACUUCAGCACCAUUAUCGUGAAGCAGAUCAGUUAUAUUUCGCAAAGCUGGUAGAAACAAUGGCUGUUCAUGAAGACUACGGUAUUUCGUGGGUUGAUAUGUAUAAUCUGCCGAACCUUCCUCAAACUGUCAAAAAGGACUUAACAAAAACGCGCGUUCAAGAUUUGAUAACAAAGUGGACGCAACAAGGUUAUUUUCUGGAAAAAUACGACAAAAUAUUUUUCGGGCCCCGGAUGUUAGUUGAAUAUGCGAGCCAUUUGAAAACCCAUUUUUCUGAUUACAUCAAAGAUUGUCCGCUUUGUAAAAAUGUAGUUUUGUGGGACACAAAAUGUGAUCGAUGUGAAAUUAAAUUUCAUAAGGAAUGCAUACGAACAUUUUUAAAACGAAAAUCGAAUUGUCCAUCCUGUAACCAAGUUUGGAGUACACCGUUAAAUUAACUUUCCACUAUUUGUUUACAAUCACAUGUUAUUACUGAUAAAUUACUUAAUAGAAAAUAUUUGUUGGUUUAUUCUUUAUAAAAUUAGCAUAAGUCAUCUAACAAUAGGCACAGAAAACAUGCUGUUUCGAUGGGGUGGACAAUAAGGCUGGUGGUGUUAGAUGAUGGGUUUACAACGCAUCAUAGCACGGUGGCAACCGCAUUCUUUUUCUCUACCUUUGCUUGGUAUAUCAUACAAACAUUUCUAUACUAUGAAUAUCCUGCUUUUUGCGUCCAAGUUUGUCUGCUUAAUAAAAAAAACUAAGCACUCACAAUCCAAAGGUAAAUUGAAACUCACCACAAAAGCCGUUAUUGACAAAACACAAGUUGUAUUCUUUUUUAAAUGAUACUUUAUUUGUAAAAUAAAAUUAUUAAAAUACUUUAA